AUGCAGAGCAAGCUGGAGAUCCUGCCCAUCAUGGGUAUGGGUGGUAUAGGUAAAACCACUCUUGCUCGAAAACUUUAUCAAGAUCCACUCAUUCUUCACCACUUUAGCUAUCUUGCUUCGACCACAAUUUCACAAGAUUACAAUAUGAGGUCAAUUCUAUUAAGCCUUAUUCAGUGCAUAAUUGGAAAAGAAGAAUGUGACAAACAUAAUGGAAAGGGAGAUGGUGAGUUAAAAGAUAUCUUGUAUAGGAGCUUGUGUGGUAGAAGAUACAUGAUUGUAUUAGAUGAUAUUUGGAGCACCACAUUCUGGGAUGAGAUAAGGAGGUACUUCCCGGACAACAAUAAGGGGAGUCGGAUUGUGAUCACCACUAGGGAAUCGGAUGUCGCCAAACAUGCAGACUCCAAGAGUCUGCAUCAUAAGGUGCAGUUGCUGAGCGAGUCUCAAAGUUGGGAUCUUCUUAGCCAAAUUGUGUUUGGAGAAGAGGAUUGGCCUCAUGAGUUACAAGGGAUAGGAAAGAAGAUUUCAAGUGAUUGCGGUGGGCUUCCUCUGGCUAUCAAUGUGAUUGGAGGGCUGUUGUCAAAGGUGGAAAGAUUGAAAGAUGUUUGGGAGGAUAUUGGGAACGACGUAAGAGCUGCAAUUGCUGAAUGGGACGAGCAGUUCUUGAAUAUACUAUCCUUAAGUUAUAACCAUUUGCCGCUUCACUUGAAACCAUGUUUCCUCUAUAUGGCAGCAUUCCCCGAAGAUUAUGAGAUUGACCCCUUGAGACUCAUAUGGAAGUGGGUAGCAGAAGGAUUUGUGAAAUCGAACGGAGAUAAAAGUUUGGAGGAAGAGGCAGAGGAUUAUUUAAAGUCACUUGUAGAAAGGAAUCUAGUUUCGAUUACAAGUUAUGAUUGGUAUGGAAAAGCAAAGAGGUACAACAUGCAUGAUCUUUUGAGAGAUUUAUGCAUUAGGAAAGCUGAUGAUGAGAAGUUUCUACAUGUCAAGAAUUCCACAUUCUCUAACCAGCUGCAUCGUGUGAGUAUUCACACAUCAUAUGGAAUGGAAGAUGAUGAGUAUGCUUCUUCAUCAAAGAUGUCACUUGUUCGAUCAUUUCUACUCUUGAUCGAGUCCGAUAGGAAUGUACUUCCCAUGGUUUUCACAUUAAGAUUGCUUAGGGUGUUGGAUUUAUUGGAAAUGAAUAGGUAUGAGAUUGAGUUCCCGGAAGAAAUAUUACAACUUGUGAACUUACGCUACUUAUCUACCAAUUGCAAGUCAUUGCCAAGAAGUGGAAUAUCAUGA